AUGGCCAAUCUGCUCUCAGUGAGAUGUGUUGCCUCUCUGAGGAAAUCUGGAAUUAACUUAAGAACUGCUGCUCUGGGCAUCACUAAGCGAAACUACAGCAGCCAAAAGGGGUCUUCAACCGAGUAUGUGAGCCAAAGUGAUGCACCAUUGAGGCAUCACCAGAAGAGUUUACCCAGGUUACCCAUACCAAAACUGGAGGAUACUGUCAGGAGGUAUUUAGCUGCCCAGAGGCCUCUGUUGGAUGAUGAUCAGUUCAGAAUAACAGAGAAAAUUGCACAGGAUUUCCAGAACGGUGCUGGGAAACAGCUGCAAGAGGAACUGGUAGCUCAGGACAAAAACAACACACACACAAGCUACAUCUCAGGACCGUGGAUUGACAGGUAUCUUUCUGUUCGCUACUCUGUGAUGCUGACCAACCCCUUCAUGAUCUUCAAUCCUGACCCUAAACCACAGUACAAUGAGCAGAUUGUGCGGGCAACCAAUAUGGUGUGUUCAGCAUUGCGCUUUAUGAAAACACUGCGAGCCGGAUUACAGGAGCCAGAGGUUUUCCACCUCAACCCGACAAAGAGUGAGACAGACAGCUUCAAAGGGGUCGUCCGCUGUGCCCCGUCUUUCCUGUCUGGCCCCCUGGACACGUCUCCGUUCCUUCGCCUCUUCAACACAACUCGGAUCCCCAAGCGGAGGAGAGAUGAGCUCUUCACCGACGAGAAAGCGAGACAUCUCCUAGUUAUGAGCAAAGGCAACAUGUAUGUGUUUGACAUUGUAGACAGGGAUGGGAAUUCAGUGAAGCCUGCAGAGAUCCAGUCCCACUUGAAGUACAUUUUGUCUGACCCAACGCCAGCGGCGGCCUCUCCUCUCGGGGUCCUGACCAGUGAGAGCAGGGACGUGUGGGCCGGACUGAGGGACAAGCUGAUAGCAGCUGGAAACGCAGAGGAUUUACAGAUUGUUGACAGCGCCCUUUUCUGUCUCUGUCUGGACGAUGAAAGCAUGAGGGACCAAAUCCACCUCUCCCACAACAUGCUGCACGGCGACGGAUGCAAUCGGUGGUACGACAAGUCCUUUACUGUCAUUCUGACCAAAGACGGACAGGCGGGCAUCACUUUUGACCACUCCUGGGUAGACGGCUUAGCUAUGCUUUGCUUUCAGAAUGAGAUCUUCAAAGACACAACGGAGCGGCCGCUGGUACACCCGGGCCCCACUGCUGCUGCUGCUGUGGAUUCAGCCUCUGCUGUGCGCAGACUGCAGUUCAACCUGGACGACGAGCUGGAGGAUGGCAUCAAAAAAGUCAAGGAGAACUUUGACUCGAUUGUAUCGACGCUCACCAUUGACGCCAUGGAGUUCAAGAAAGGGGGCAAGGCACUGUUAAAGAAGAGCAAGUUGAGUCCAGAUGCUGUAGUCCAGCUGGCUUUUCAAAUGGGUUUCCUGAGGCAAUAUGGACAGACAGUAGCCGCAUGUGAGAGCUGCAGCACUGCAGCGUUCAGACACGGCCGCAUAGACUCCAUCCGCCCGCUCACCAUGCAGACACAACGAUGUUCACACGCCUUUGUUUUCCAGUCAGGACAACACAGUGUGGAGCAACUACAGGCCAUGCUGAGAGAAUGCUCUACAUAUCAUCGGCAGCUCAUCAAAGAAGGAACUAUGGGACAAGGUUUUGACCGUCACCUGUUUGCCCUGCGAUACCUGGCCGAGUCAAAGAGCGAGGCUCUGCACAGCCUGUACACAGACCCAUCUUACGCUGCCAUCAACCACGCCAUCCUCGAAACCAGCACCCUCACCAGUCCAGCUAUGGACUUUUUUGGCUUUGCCCCGUAUGCGCCUGACGGGUUUGGGCUUACCUACAGCGUUUUUGACGACUGGAUCGGCUGCAAUGUGUCCAGCUACCCGGCUCGCAACGUCCAUGAGUUCCUGCAGUGUGUCCACAAGUCCUUAGAGGACAUUUUCACUGUCCUGGAAGGAAAGACACUCAGCUAA